UGCGAGUGUAGUUGGGAGACCAACCGUACGAUUGAUUCUGUAGUGUCAGAAGAUCGUCGGUUCUCCAGGAUUUAACUUUUGUAUGCCGUCCGCGCGAACGCGGCCUGUGCCUGUGACACUUGUAUGUCAGUCCGCGUCGGCGUCAAACGUGCGAUUUAAUUAUGAUUAAAUUAUUCUCGUUGAAACAAGCGAAAAAAGAUGGCGAGUCACCCAAGGCUGGUACCCAGAAGAAGGCGUCCGCAGCACAGCUGAGGAUCACGAAAGACAUAAACGAACUGAAUCUCCCGAAAACGUGCGGCACGGAAUUCCCGGAUCCCGACGAUUUGCUAAGCUUUAAAUUGAUCAUCUGCCCAGAUGAAGGAUUUUACAAAGGUGGUAGGUUUGUAUUUAGUUUCAAAGUUGGGCCCAAUUAUCCACAUGAACCACCCAAGGUGAAGUGCGAGACUCAAGUUUAUCAUCCUAAUAUUGAUUUGGAUGGUAAUGUGUGCCUCAAUAUCUUGCGAGAGGACUGGAAGCCCGUCCUCACAAUCAAUUCCAUCGUUUAUGGUCUCCAGUAUCUCUUUCUAGAACCAAAUCCUGAGGAUCCGUUAAAUAAGGAUGCGGCUGAAGUUUUACAAAACAACAGAAGGGUUUUUGAACAAAAUGUAACGAAAGCGAUGAGAGGUGGUUACGUAGGAUCUUAUUAUUUUGAACGGUGUCUCAAGUGAUACAGUGCCUCACCAUCAAUACUGUACACGCUUCUCCAAGGACUCACUGUAGGUGAAAAGAUCCAAAACUAUGGAAUGAAUAUAGGACCGCAUAGUGUCCUCAUUGUCACUUGCGUGAUAACAUUAACAUAUUUACUUUCUUUAUGUCUUGCCAGGCCUAUAUACAUUUAAUUGGAGAUAUAUUUUUUUCUUAGCAUAAACAACCCGGGCGAUUGGAAUGCAUCGUUCAUUGUUUUCGAUAAAUUACCAAGAAUGUUUAUUGGCCAUGGCAUUAUUUUAGUGAAUUUAAAGUGCAGUGUUGAGGGGCUGAUAGAAUUAUAGUUUGACAUUUGGCAGAGAGAUAAUAGAUGUUACGAUGUGAUUUAAUUGUGUUCCAUUUACGAUUCUGGACCCGAA